CCAAAAAUUUAGGGAUUUGGGAAUCCUUGGAAAUCUGGGAAUUCUCACUGAAUUUCCUGGAAUUUUCUUCUCCCUCCAGGAAGGAAAAGAGGGAAUUUCCUCCGGAAACGACGACAGAGCCCCGAAAAUCCCGAAAAUUCCCGAAGAAAACGACGGGAAAGGAGCGGAAAUUCCGGUUUUACCGGGCCCAUCCCAAGGAAAAUCGGGAAUUGUGGCCCCUCCAGGGGUGGAUCCCGAAGUUUUCCGGGAGCUGCCGCUGGAAUUGCAGGAAGAGGUGGCGGCAGAGUGGAAAAAUCCGGAUAAAAAACCUCCAAAUUCCCAAAAAAACCUCCAAAGGAAGAGGAAAAAUCCGGGAAUUUGCUCCCAAUCCAACAAUUUACUGAAAUAUUGGAAGGCCAGCCGGAAGAGGGAAAUGAAAACCUGGAAUCAAAGUCCAACCUGGAGGGGAAUUCCCGCAAUUUCUCCCACAACAAUUCCCAGGAGUUUCUGCAGCCGCCCUUCCGUGACUCACAACUGCCAGGAAUAGCCCAGGUUUUUUUUCCCUCAUUUCCUGGCCUUGAUUUGCAUAAAAAGGAGGAACUUCCUCGAUUUCCCAGGGGAUAAAAAGGGCAGGAAGAGGCACCCGGAGGCAUCAGCAGGGUUGGGAACGGUGCCUGAAGCUGCUCUGGGAGCUCCAGUUUUCCGGCUCCAUGGACAACCAGGCGUUCGAGCUGCAGGGAGAUCAUCAGCACAUUCCCACUUAUCCCGCCUUUCCCAACGGGAAACAUCCACCCACCAACCAGGGUGCUGCAGAUGGCCGUGGCGGCUCGUGGCUGCUGCGGGUGUUCCUGGUGUGCCUGCUGGCCGGGGUGCUCACCACGGCGCUGGGGGUGCUGGCGCUGUCGCUGGUGAUCGUCACCGACUCCCCCACGGUGACGGUGACGGUGCCGGCGCCGCCAUCGACGGGCGAUGAUGCCGACGGCCAGGACAAGGUGGACGUCAAGUUCCAGUUCCUGAAUCACCUCAGCAAGUCCAAGGUGCACAGCUACCCCGGGGGGGAGAUCCAGUGGGGCCGUUUCCGGCAGGACCCCUCGGAAUACUCGAGCCGGGAGGAGCGGGCGUUCGGGGACAGCAUCAACGCUCGGCGCUCGCAGAUCACCUUCGGCACCCUGCGCAUCAGACCCCGCGGCGUCCGCGCCCCGCACUGGCACUUCAACGCCAACGAGCACGGAUACCUCCUCCAGGGCUCGGCCUGGAUCGGCAUCAUCGGCCCGGACGACGCGGUGGUGACGACGUACAACGUGACGGCCGGGCAGGUGGUUUUCUUCCCCCGUAACACCGUGCACUGGGUGAAGAACGUGGGCGACCAGGACUGCCUCUUCCUGCUCUUCUUCAGCACCCACCGCGAGCUGCUCACCCUCGACGUCGAUGACGCUUUUGGGACCCCCGAGGACGUGCUGGCCAGGGCGCUGCAGGUACGGGAGCGCUGGUGGAUGAGGGGGUGGAGGUGGAUCCUGGGUUGGAAUGGGUUGCAGGUGGAUGAUGGGUUGGAGGUGGAUGAUGGUUUGGAGGUGGAUAAAGGUUUGGAGGUGGAUGAUGGCUUGGAGGUGGAUAAAGGUUUGGAGGUGGAUAAAGGUUUGGAGGUGGAUGAUGGUUUGGAGGUGGAUGAUGGUUUGGAGGUGGAUGAUGCUUUGGAGGUGGAUGAUGGUUUGGAGGUGGAUAAAGGUUUGGAGGUGGAUAAAGGUUUGGAGGUGGAUCCUGGAUUGGGAUGGGUUUGCAGAUGGAUGAUGGUUUGGAGGUUGGAUGAUGGAUUGGGAUGGGUUUGGAGGUCGUUGAUGGUUUGGAGGUUGGAUGAUGGAUUGGGAUGGGUUUGGUCCCUCCCACAAGUGCAGAUGGCUCCAAACCUUGAAGGUCUGGCUCGUGGGAUCCCCCAGUGGCAGGAUUGGAUCUGUAUCCCAACUUUCCCCGGAUCUCACCUCCCCCAUCCCGUUUUUCCCCUCCCCCAGCCCGAGGGCGGCGUGAAAUUCAUCCGAACGUUCCAGAAACAAUCAGAAGACCAGGCCAUCAACCUGCCCCCCAACCUGGAGCAGCUGGUGCACAACGCCACCUACCCCCAAUCUCCCGAUUCCCAGGUCUGGCAGUUCUUCUACGACCUCCAAGGUUCCCAGGAAUUCCCAAUCCCAGGAGGAGUUUUCCAGUGGGCUCGUUAUCGACUCAACGGCACCGGCCUCACCCCCAAUCAGCGCAUCUUCAGCGAGUCCCUCCACAAGCAUGAGAACACCCUGACCUUGGCAACGCUGCGGAUUUUCGGGAAUAGUUUGGGAAGGCCCCACUUUCACUUCAACGCUCACGAGAUGGGAUACGUCAUCAGCGGAUGUGGCCAGGCCGGAGUGGUCCUGUCAGGCACCACUUCCACCUUUCCCAUCGGCAUCGGGGACCUGCUCUUCUUCCCGGUGGGAACGCAGCACUUCCUGCUCAGCACCUGCCAGGAGGACCUGGUGGUGCUGCUGGCCUACAGCACCAACAACCAGCUGGAGACCCUGGGGAUGCGGCGCUACUUCCACGGCACGGCCGAUCACAUCCUGGCCCAGCUCUUCUUCAAGGAGCAGUCGGAAUUCCAGAAAUUCCCAAAGGAUCCUCAGUGAAGCCGGAAGAGCCGCCCGUUAUCCCGGGAAAAAGACAAACCUUGGGAUUCUGGGAUGGGGAAAAAAGGGAGGGAGGAG